CCAGGGAGCAGUGUGUGUGUGGUAGCGCGAGCGGCGGAGGAGCGGGUACGAGCUCGCGCUGUGUUUCACCGACGGACGACAUUUUCUCUCAAAAAGCGUCGAGGAGCGUGAAAGAAGCGACACCCGGAUCCACCGGAGGACUGCGCCGCCGCCGCCGGAUUAACGCACGCUUUCUGCGAACUUGUCCGCGGGCAAACAACUCGCCCUGCGACCGAGGGACUUCCGACGUUUCAGCCGGACGGAGCCGACGCUCUUCUCCGCCGCGGGUCAGCGACUCUCCCGAGGAGGAGGAGGAAGAGAAAAAGAAGAAAGAGACGCGGAGACGGACAUUUUUUUUUCUCCAGCUCCCUUCGAGAGGAUAUUAAGUUUCGUGUCUGGAUUAUUUUCUGUACCUGAGACAAAGGUACAAAAACCAGGUGAUCGCAUCCAGCGGUCGGGGUCUGAGGGGCGCCGCCUCGAAGCCGAGAACAAGGCUUUGUCCGCCGCCAUCGUGCGUGUGCGGGGGAGGGGGUGGCGGUGAUUUUCCCGCACCUUCACUGGGACUACACGCUGACACUGCGAGAGCGAGCGAGAGAAACCACGCAGAUUAUCUCGUGUUAAGGAGCCGACAUGUAUCCACAAGGCCGGCAUCCGGCACCUCAUCAGCCAGGGCAGCCUGGCUUCAAGUUCACUGUGGCCGAGUCCUGCGACAGGAUCAAAGAUGAGUUUCAGUUCCUGCAGGCCCAGUACCACAGCCUUAAAGUGGAGUACGACAAACUGGCCAAUGAGAAGACAGAGAUGCAGCGUCACUACGUCAUGUACUAUGAGAUGUCCUAUGGGCUCAACAUUGAGAUGCACAAACAGACUGAGAUUGCCAAACGUCUCAAUGCAAUUCUGGCUCAGAUCAUGCCAUUCUUGUCACAAGAGCAUCAACAGCAGGUGGCUCAGGCUGUUGAACGGGCCAAGCAGGUGACAAUGACUGAGCUGAAUGCGAUCAUCGGGGUACGUGGACUUCCCAAUCUGCCUCUCACUCAGCAGCAGCCGCCGCCUCAUAGUGCCUAUCCAGCCUUCAUGCAGCAGCAGCUCCAGGCCCAGCACCUCUCUCACGCCGCCCACGGCCCCCCGAUCCAGCUGCCCCCUCACCCCUCAGGCCUGCAGCCGCCUGGCAUCCCCUCUGUGACAGGCGCUGGCUCCGGCCUGCUGGCUCUGGGAGCUCUUGGCAGUCAGGCCCACCUGCCUGUGAAGGAUGAGAAGAACCACCACGACCUGGAGCACCGAGGACCCUCAUCUUUUCACUCACCUCUGGCCAUUCCUCUGAAAGAGCGCGAGUCGAGCACGAAUAACUCGGUGUCGCCGUCAGACAGCCUACGGGCCGCGAGUGAGAAGCACCGCAGCUCUUCAGAUUACGGCCAUGACUCCAAGAAACGCAAAGUGGACGAGAAGGACAACAUGAGCAGAUACGACAGUGACGGAGACAAGAGUGACGACCUGGUGGUGGACGUUUCCAACGAGGAUCCGGCCACCCCUCGAGCCAGCCCCGCGCACUCACCUCCAGAAAACGGCCUCGAUAAAUCACGGGGCCUGAAGAAGGAUGCCGCCCCCAACAGCCCCGCCUCCGUCGCCUCCUCCGGCAGCACACCGUCCUCCAAAGCAAAGGACCACGCCCAUAACGACAAGUCGUCCACGCCGAGCCUGAAGUCCAACACGCCUACACCCAGGAACGAGGCGCCGACACCAGGAACCAGCACCACUCCAGGAUUACGACCUCUAACACUGGGCAAACCCCCCGGCAUGGAGGCACUAGCUGCUCCUGCCCUGCGCACACCGCUGUCCAUCGCGGGUUCCUAUGCCACCCCGUUUGCUAUGAUGAGUCAUCACGAGAUGAACGGAUCCCUCACCAGCCCCAGCGUUUAUCCGGGUCUCAUCUCACCUCAGAUGAGCGCUGCAGCUGCUGCCGCCUACGGACGCUCACCAAUUCCGGGGUUUGACCCUCAUUCUCACAUGAGAGCUCCGGGCCUGCCAGCCAGCCUCACGUCCAUUUCUGGAGGAAAACCAGCUUAUUCUUUUCACGUGAGUGCUGAUGGUCAGAUGCAGCCCGUGCCCUUCCCUCCAGAUGCCCUGGUAGGCCCGGGCAUCCCACGCCACGCUCGCCAGAUCAACACGCUGAGCCACGGGGAGGUGGUGUGCGCUGUCACCAUCAGCAACCCCACGCGUCACGUCUACACCGGCGGCAAGGGCUGUGUCAAGAUCUGGGACAUCAGCCAACCGGGCAGCAAGAGCCCAGUGUCCCAACUCGACUGCCUGAACAGAGACAAUUAUAUCCGCUCCUGCAAGCUGCUGCCUGACGGCCGCACCCUGAUCGUGGGGGGGGAGGCCAGCACGCUGACCAUCUGGGACCUGGCCUCACAGACGCCCCGCAUAAAGGCGGAGCUCACUUCCUCCGCUCCGGCCUGCUACGCACUGGCCAUCAGCCCUGACGCCAAGGUCUGCUUCUCCUGCUGCUCCGAUGGAAACAUCGCUGUGUGGGACCUCCACAACCAAACCCUCGUCAGGCAGUUCCAGGGCCACACAGACGGAGCCAGCUGCAUCGACAUCUCCCACGACGGGACCAAGCUGUGGACCGGAGGCCUCGACAACACUGUCCGCUCCUGGGACCUGAGGGAGGGACGGCAGCUCCAACAACACGACUUUACCUCACAGAUCUUCUCGCUGGGCUACUGUCCCACCGGAGAGUGGCUGGCUGUCGGCAUGGAGAGCAGCAACGUGGAGGUGCUUCAUCACACCAAGCCCGACAAGUAUCAGCUGCACCUGCACGAGAGCUGCGUCCUCUCACUCAAGUUCGCCUACUGUGGUAAAUGGUUUGUGAGCACAGGGAAGGACAAUCUGCUCAAUGCAUGGAGGACUCCUUACGGUGCCAGCAUAUUCCAGUCGAAGGAGUCGUCCUCCGUCCUGAGCUGUGACAUCUCAGCAGACGACAAAUACAUUGUGACAGGAUCCGGUGACAAGAAGGCCACCGUCUACGAGGUCAUCUACUAAAGAGAAGCAGUCGGCUGCUCGGCUCCAGCACCGCUACUGAGACGACUUUGACUUUUUCUCCAGGCCGAGACGAACUGAGGAUCUAAACCAGUGGAAAUCAAUGGAUCUGUUGACCUAAGGAUGUUUAUGCUCGAGAGGAGUGAACCUUUUUUUUGUCCUUUUUGUUUUGGAGGGUUCUUUUUUUCCUCAGAGUAUUUGGGUGCGACCCCGUGAAGCAGCGCUUCAUUUCAGAGAACCUUCCUCAGACAUCUUGUGAAAAGUGUAAAUAUCGGAUUAAAUAAGACAUUUUAUAUAUAUUAUAAGAAUAUAUAUUUUCAUGUCCUGGGUGUACUUGUGAUGAUUUUUUUGGCCCUCUCUCUCUCAGUGACGCCGGGGAGAGCAGAACCUACUGUAGACUAGAACUUUUUAAACAACGUUAACUCUUUGAUUUUCUUAAAGCACAUUCUCUGGGCUGACCUUUUCACAAAUCAAACAGAGGGGCGUGAAACAUGAACCAGGACAUUUUGUGGAGAUUUUUAAAAUGGCCUUUCGUCACUCCAUAAUCUCUGACAUGGAGCCCCCCCGACUCAGGCAGAGCCUCGGCUGGUUUGGACCACUGUGGGACAGAGUGGAAAAGAGAUGGAUGUAAAUUUAAUUCAUAUAUAUAUAGACCUUUUUAAAGUGUACUGCUCUGUCUGUGCUAUCUUUCUCUGUUUGUUUUACCUUGUUAGAUGACGGGAGAUGGGGGACGUUUAAUGUUUAGCCUAACCCUUGGACCUCAGUUGGCAGGAGAUUCACUGCUGCAGGCACAAACUGAAUGACAAUGUGCUUUUUGCUAACUUGACGUAAUACAGAUGUUGAAUUGCACCAUUGGUUUCUUGGCUACAGACUUUACUCAAACAGUCCAAUCUGCACUAGAAUCCUGGCAGAAGGAAUCCUUCUGCCCUUCGGCAUCUUAUCGUUAUUCCUGGAAUAUGUUUGGCUGGUCGUGACGGGGGGGUCGUGACAUUUGUCCUGAUUAAACGCAGAGAUCAGUCUGUCUUAAUAAAACUGUUCAGUGCCUGUAAAUGCUCUUGAGGACCGAGGGAGUGGCACUUCAUGUGAACUCGAGAAAAACCCACCGUGAGUGAAAAUGACGUUAACGACGACAGUGGAUAAUUCUGGUUUCUACACUGUGCUCCGGAUCAAGUCAGCAUUUCCAACAAGAUAACUAACGGGGCGAAAUGCGCUCUUCCCUCUGAGUCACACCAAAGUAUGUAGCAAAUGCUGUCAGCACUGAAAAAGAAAUGUACAGUUGUUGAUAAAUAAAUAAAACUGUUUUUGUAGAAUG